AUGGCUAGCUUAAACGCAUCCCCAACAUCCUGGUGGAAACCUGCCGCCCUACCCCUCUUCACGGGCCUGCUCGCCCUGCUCGGCGCCGCAGACGGGGUCCUCAACCUCGCCAAGCCCGAAGGCGGGGCCGCGACGUUCGGUAUCGUGCCCCCGCCGCGGGACACCGUCACCCCGGCCCAGUUCGACGCCUUCCACCACGCGCUCAUCAAGGUCAAGGGCGCCCGCAAUCUGCACAUGUCGUCGUGCAUCCUGGGCUUGGUGCUCUACGGCCAGUUUUCCGACAUUUGCCGCGCUUCACCGCUAGCGGCCACGGCGGUGCGGAGGUGUCUGGGGAUCGUGCUAAUGCUGGGUUCCGGCGUAGGCUUCAGCGGCGCUGCGGUCGUGUCUGAGUACAUGGGGAGCCCUGGCGCUUCGGAUGAGGCGCUCGAGGUUGGCAGGGCUAAGGUCAAAGGCCAUUUGAUUGCCAAUGUGCCCAUCUUGGCGUUGGGAUUGAUUUACUUGUUGUACUGA